UCAUGAAUAUUUAUUGACCAGUUAUUGUGUGCCAGGCACUGUUGUAGGUGCAGGGGACACAGCAGUGAAUAAGGCAGGUGAAAAUUCCUGUCCUCAUGGAGGUCACAUUCGGGGGGGGGGGGCAAGGGCAGUGAAGACAGACAAUAUAUAAAAUUAGCAAGCAAAAUAUAUGGUAUGUAGAUCCAAGGGGAGACAUGAGAGAUGUGAAGGAGUUGGCAAGGCUGCUAGCCCAGGACCUGUAGCACAGCGGGGCUCAGGAGAUGGAAAGGGGAAGGAAGACCCUGGACAAGGAGUAGAGUGGAAGCCUUGGCCGAGACACUGGGGCUGCCGAAAUCCUAAGAUUAAUAGCCAUCAUCAUCACCAUCACAUAAUAGCAGCAGACACUUAUAUAGCAGUGUACCAGGCACUCUCUAUUCACUUUACAUAUGUCCUCCCUGUGAAUUUUGUACUACUGUUAUUUCCAUUUUUCAAACAAGAACUGAGGCACAGAGAGGUUAAGCAACUUGCCUCAUAACAGUUAUUAGGUGAAUGAUCUGGCAUUCCAGCCCAAGCCAUCUGGCUCCAGUGUUGAUAGGACUGGACCUGCAGAUAGAGAGGACAGGUUAGGCUGCUAAGCCUCAGGAUUAGGUAUAACCUGACCUUCACAGAGACUGACAGAAACACACAUAGAGACACACCUGCUGACACCUAUAUAUCCAAGACCCAACAUACUUAAUACACACUUCAAGGCUGCUCAGAGGGCCUGGGAGGAACAAGGGCUCAGCUCUGGAGAGCUCCAUCCCCAGAGCCAGUCUCUCCAAAUGGCCUCUGUCCCCUCCACACACCAUUCUAUGAGGCUCUAGUCCAGCCUCCUGUGACCUUGAGUCACCAUUCCAAAGCCCUGUGAUCCUACCCAGAGCCACAAAUGAAACAAUGAAUAUUAUAAUCCUGAUAAGUUUAACAGAGGCACCAACAACUUCCGAUUGCAGCUGGGGACCAAGAAGGCAAGUCAUCAAGAGUCUGAAAAACAGAGAGAGGCAGAUGGGACUGUUGGACCCAGAGAAGAAGAACCCCCAACAGUUGACAAGACCCUUCUACGUCCUUCCUAACCUCACUGGACAAUUCCGAGUCUUACCUUAGGAAAAGCAGAAAUUACCAGACCAAGUUGUCAAAUGGGGAAACUGAGUCCCAGAGAGGCGCAAUGAAUUAGUCAAGAUCACACGCAGGACUAGAAGACAGGUGUGCAAGAGACCUUCCACUGUACCGCUCAGAGACAGAGUAUGAGAGAGACAGAGAGAGAGAGAGAGAGAGAGAGAGAAAGGGGGGGCAGGGAGGCAGAGGGAAAUGGUAGUUAAUCGGAGAGGCAGAGACUGACACGGAAGACCCAAAAGCAGAGAAAUUCUUCCUCAUGAUCUCCAGGGGACUCCACCAGGUGGGGCUUGGCCUCCUGACCUGGUACAGAGAUCGCACCCUGGACCUUGGUGUUAUCAACACCACGCUCUAACUAACUGAGCUAAUCGACCAGCCCCCACAAAUAUUUAUCGAGGGCCCAUUAUGUGCUAGGUACUGAACUAGGUACUGGGGAUUCAGUUAAGAACAAGACCUUGCCCCGAUCUCAGGUGCAAGGUAGGGGUGGGGUGUGGAAGUGGAAGGGAAGCAAACUGCUCAACAUCCUACAGACACUUUUCUCAGCCUGAGCUGCCCUGAGACGGUCCCGCAGCUCAGAAGGUAGUGAGCUCAGUGGGACUGCAGUGUUCAAGCAGGGGCCGCCGCCCUCCUGUCAGAGGCUGCGCCAGGAGUAUGCGGGAGAAGAGAUUACUGCCUUGGGUGAGCUCACUUCCCACCCCCAGAUGCCCUGCCUACAAAACCCUGCAAUUCUGUGACGCUGAAGCCUCGGAUCUUAUUUUCUGAUUUUCAAGGUCUCAUGAUGCUGACAGCACCAAAUUCUAAGUCGUCAGUCUGCCCACGCCCCUGGACCCAAAAGAAAUAAAGGCGAAUUCAGCGAGGGUCCUACCACCCACUGCCUCAAAGCUCUCUGGGGGUGGUCAGCACCCCGCUCUUCAAUUCCUGGGGGGAUGUGGGGGCGCAGCUCGGAAGCCGGGGUGCCGGAGACGUCGUGAGAAGACGGGCGUCCCAGAGACGACGCUGACAGAGCCGGCACACGUGAUAGUCAAAACGUCACGUUCCGCGUCCGCGCGGCUGGGACACGGCCGGUCACGUGACGCGGGGGGGGCACCAUGGGGUGACGUCAGAUGCGGUUCUCUCAGAUUACGUACAAAUGACGCAUUCCCACCGUUUUCGGCAACUACAUUUCCGUUAGAAGAGGCGACAUUUCCGGCAAAAGGGGCGGGUUCUCACGUCCAGGCAGCUCCGCUUCCGUUCGGGGCGCCACAGCUUCCGACCGCCGCCUUUCCCUCCGGGGAGCAGGAGACGCGACCUCGUGCGCAUGCCCUGAAUCAUCCCAGAGGGGCGGGGCUGAGACAAGGGAGCGGGAGGGGGGAAGAAAAGGGAAUUCCAACCUGUGGAACCUUUGGGGUCCCCGAGGUCGGCUCCUUCCCGCUGACUGUGGACGGUACCGGGGACAAAGCUUCUGGCAGCUCGCGGGGGUGCUGGGGUCCGCACGGGGACGGAAGGGAGUGUCAGUGUGAGCGGGGUACGGAAAUUCCAAACUCAGAACCUAGAGGCCCUGGGGACUCAGGCGCUGGGGAGAGGGAGCUCGGGCAGCCAUGCGGGACCGGACCCAUGAGUUGAGGCAGGGGGAUGACAGCUCGGACGAUGAGGACAAGGAGCGGGUGGCGCUGGUGGUGCACCCGGGCACGGCCCGGUUGGGGAGCCCGGACGAUGAGUUCUUCCAGAAGGUCCGAACAAUUCGGCAGACUAUUGUCAAGCUGGAGAAUAAAGUCCGGGAGUUGGAGAAGCAGCAGGUUACCAUCCUGGCCACGCCCCUUCCCGAGGAGAGCAUGAAGCAGGACCUUCAGAACCUGCGCGACGAGAUCAAACAGCUGGGGAGGGAUAUCCGCACGCAGCUGAAAGCCAUAGAGCCCCAGAAGGAGGAAGCUGAUGAGAAUUAUAACUCAGUCAACAUGAGAAUGAGAAAAACACAGCACGGGGUCCUGUCCCAGCAAUUCGUGGAGCUCAUCAACAAGUGCAACUCCAUGCAGUCUGAGUACCGGGAGAAGAACGUGGAGAGAAUCCUGAGGCAGCUGAAGAUCACCAAUGCUGGAAUGGUGUCUGACGAGGAGCUGGAGCAGAUGCUGGACAGUGGGCAGAGUGAGGUGUUUGUGUCCAAUAUACUGAAGGACACACAGGUGACUCGACAGGCCCUAAAUGAGAUCUCAGCCCGGCACAGUGAGAUUCAGCAGCUUGAACGCAGCAUCCGAGAGCUUCAUGACAUCUUUACUUUUUUGGCAACUGAGGUGGAGAUGCAGGGGGAGAUGAUCAACCGGAUCGAGAAGAACAUCCUGAGCUCAGCGGACUACGUGGAGCGCGGGCAGGAACAUGUCAAGAUAGCCCUGGAGAACCAGAAGAAGGCACGGAAGAAGAAAGUCUUUAUUGCCAUCUGUGUGUCCGUCACUGUCCUCAUCCUGGCAGUCAUCAUCGGCAUCACCACAGUGGUUGGAUAAUAUCACACUUUCUUGGCACUGGGAGCACCAGGAACCCAGGGCCUGGCCUUCUCUCCCAGCAGCUGCUAGGGGCAGGGCAGAGCCUCCAGCCAGACCCCCUUCCUGACACUGGCCCCUGUGUGGAGGGGCAGAUGGUUCUUCUGGGGUUGGCAGCUGCUCAUUCAUGGGGGCCUCCCACUUCUGGACACAGUGCCCCGGGGAAGGCCUGCAGCAUCCUGUUUGGCCGGGACACACGGUUUUGUAAAAAAUUAAAAUGAAGGAAGAAAGA